AUGAGCAUAUUAGGAUUAUGGGAAUGUGCAGAAGAAGAACCAGAAAGUGGAUCUUGUCAUUCCGAGCUCACAUACAAUGAUGUCGAAGCAGCUGGAGCACCAUCAAGGCCCUUAGACUUCCCUGCACCCUCAGUUUAUCGCUGCACUCGUGUCGAUCUCCGUGCUAGAGAUCAUCUAUCCGGAAACGUGCAUAUGCUUAGAGACGUCAUCAUCCGAACAGGGGUCGACAGAUGUGGCAGACGCUCAGAUGUUGCAUAUUUGAGCCGAAAGAAGCUGGGGAAAACAACGUAUGGCGGUUUACGGCUGUGCGUAGUCUUGAGGCGGAAACCACGAAGCAAAGUUGAUUUUAAAGAAUCGAGACAAGACGCGUUUGAGGUACGAGACUUUACCGAGUGGGAAAGCACUGACGAGAAAAUAGUCAUGAAGAUUUCCGAAUGGCGAAAGAUCCACUCUAUGCGUGGACGUCAUUUGGAGGAUCCAAUCAAAGAAAUUUCUACCCUGCAAAUGCUGGGUGACUACCAUCCUCACGUUCAAGGUGCAAAAGAAGCACUCCAAGAUGACAACAAUCUAUAUACGAUAAUGCCUUACCUUCCUGGUGGAGAUCUGUAUGGGAGACUUGUAGAGCGUGACCUACCAUGUCCACUCGGAACUAUCUUGGAGGAAGGAAACGAAUUCAAUGGACAUGUUGAAAACCGAGCUCGUUUUUGGUUCGGACAGCUGCUCGAGGCUGUUUGUCAUUUACAAAAGAAAGGUGUAUGCCACCGUGAUAUAUCCUUAGAGAAUCUUCUGUUGGAUGACCAUGAUAACUUGGUGCUGAUAGAUCCUGGAUUGAGCCUGAGAGUACCAUACUCAGACCCGCGCAACUACGGAUGUGUGUCGGAUGUUUCCUGCGGAGGCUCUCGGUUGCUCAUGAAGGCACAAGGGCAAGGUGGCCAGCUCGUAUAUACACCACCUGAAAUCAUCAACAAGGCAGAUUAUGUCGAUGCCUUUGCUCUUGACAUGUGGGCAGUCGGAGUCGUCCUAUUCAUCAUGUUAGUUGGUCGUGCUCCUUUCGAGUGGGCCCAUCCCACUGAUCAAAGAUACGAAAAGAUGUCGAGCGGAGAUCUUAAGAGUUUACUUAAACUACUUGAGAUUCGCAUGAGUCCAGAAGCGACUGAUUUGCUUCAGGGAUUUUUCCACCGUGAUCCAAGAAAACGAUUGACGCUGGCAGAGGUAAUGAAUCACCCCUGGGUCCAAGGCAAAGAGUUUGCAACCAAGACAACGAUUCCAGCACCCCCAGCACAGAAAAAACGUUCUUUUACCAGGCAGGACCUGAAAGGAUUGGAACAAUCUCCAAAUUCAUCCCCCAGUUCUUUCCUGAGAAAAUCAAAGGUGAUCAACAUGACCCAAAAACGAAGAUUGCCUCCACGACCAUCAUGCAAUCGAUUCAAAGAAGGCACUCGAUUUAAUGUUGCAUCAGCAUAG